CUAUAUCCAAAUCAAUUGUAUUGUAUUGAAUUUUGUGCAGCGCAAGCUCUCUUCCUCGAAAAAGUCGGUAAAUAUGGCUGCUACUGCCACAGUUACAAUACAUUCUAGGUCACUGACCCUACUCCAUCAUCAUCAUCAUCAUCAUCAGCAUCAGUGUAAUACCUUGUCUUUCUCCUCAAUUUCUUUCCCGACAACCAAACCCAUCUCUCACUCACUACUGAUUUUCAGGUCACCUGCUAAACGCCCCGUGCCUCCUUCUUACGCUGCUGUUUCUGCACAACCCCAAGGUACAUUUGAUCCUGAACUUCGGUCAGUGCUUGAACUUGCCACGGACUCCGAGUUGUAUGAGCUUGAAAGAAUUCUAUUUGGGCCAAGUUACUUCAGUCCUUUGUUGAAGUCAAUAACAAAACAAACAGAUGUUGAUUACUUCAUGAUUGAAGAAGAUGCUGAAGAGCGGGAUGAUUUCAUAGCAAUGCUUGAAUCGCGAUUCUUAUUCCUUGCUGCUGAUGCUCGGUCCACAUUAAGGGGUUGGAGACCAUCAUAUAGAAAUGUCUUGCUUGGAGUGAGGGAAAAAUUAAACAUACCUUGUUCAAGCAAAUUGUCAACAGAAGACCUAGAAGCAGAGAUUUUUCUUCAUCUGUUGCAGGAAUAUUCGAGUAGGGAUGAAUCAGGAACCUUCCCUAGCUCAUGGGAAAGCUCUAAGAAUCCUGACAACCAUGGUAGUUUAGAACUUGGACUCAGUCCAUGGAAGGUGCAAGCUAUUGCUGCUUUAAGGGUUGGGGCAUCAGAGCUUCGUAGAAUUAUCUUAAAGGGUGGUGGGAUGCUUACAUUGGGCAAAGUAUAUAACUUGUUAGCAAGGAAAUUAUUGGGGAGGAUGUUCUUGGAGGGUGCCAAGUAUCAGAUAAAGAAGGAAGUUAUCAGAAAGGGUGGUCAAUUAGCAGCCGUUAACCUAGAGUCCAGAUUGGCAUUGCUGGUGGCAAAACAGGGUGUUGCAGGUGCUGCGGCACGAUAUCUGGGGCUCAGGAGCAUGAUGGUUUUACUUGGUCCAAUGCUCUGGGGGACAUUUCUGGCUGAUGUUGUCAUCCAAAUGCUUGGAACUGAUUAUGCUAGAAUCCUACGAGCAAUUUACGCAUUUGCGCAGAUCCGUAUCACCCGUACAUAUAGGUUACCGUCUGACAUCAACUAAGGAGAUUAGUCUUUUGAGCAUUGUAGUCAACACUCUUGAGCUUCAUUUUGGUUCUUCAGCAGCAAUGGGUUUUGAGGUACUUCUCCAAUUCUUCAGUUCUCCAAUUCUUUAAAUUAAUUGUGAAUAGAGUAGUUUAAUGGUUGUCAAUAAUCCUUUGGUCACGGUUGUGUAUAUAUCCAUUUAGAUUUAACUAACAGACUCCAUGUAUUAGUUUGAAUACAUCAUGGUUAAUGUAAAAGAAAUCAAAUAAACUGCUAAUAUUUUUUGCUGCAAAUAAUAUCAGAGCUUUCUUGGUGGAAAAAUGUAUGAAUGAUACUCUCAUAAGUUUGUGGAAGAGAAACAAAAUGUGCAGGAAUAUUGUUCUCAAUACACAGGAGCUGCUAUUAGACAUCACUUGGAACCAAUUGCCUUUGGUCUCAUAGAAACCAAAGAAAUUGAACAAAAUCAACUUGCCCGGAGCACCUAGUUCUCUUUAUUAUACUACAAUCUAUUAAUUAGAGACCAGUUGAAAGAAUGUCCAUCAUCUCAUUCACCCGUUAUUGUUUCCGUGCUCACCACAAAUACCGAGCCCGCAUCCAUAUUGUUGAUUGAAAAACCAUAAACACCAUCAAUCGUUAGUGCAGCUUUCACUGAUACCAUUUGUAUUGCUGCUACUUCCUCAGCCAAUUCCGUUACCGGGGCUUUGAUUUCUCAGUGGUGUCCUAACUCCAGUGCCAAAGCAUGACUUCAGCUGCCACUGGCUUGCUAAAAUCUUCAAGCAGUACUGUUGUUAGGAGGUUUCAAGGGGAAGCCCAGGGCUUGUACCUUACCCUGCUUAUUCUACACUCAAAUCUAUCUUAAUUGCAAUGUCUACCUGUGCUUACUGAUGACAAUACAAGUGUUCAUACACACACUAAUGCAGAAUUCUGGUUGACAACUAAGCUUUGGUUGGUUGGUCCAACCCUUGUAAUCUGACCUAUCUCGUCCAAGUUAAAAUUACUCUCUGAUGCUUCACGUAUUGUUUUCUAUGUUGUACUUGCAGACUAAGCCAACCGGAUAAUUCUCAAUCUCUCUCUUCUGGAUCAAGCUAUCUGUAGAUUCACUUGAAUUGUCUGUUUUUCUUUUUCUUUUUUUCUUUUUCUUUUUUUCUUUGAAGGUCUAGAAUUGUAUAUUCUUUUAUUGCAUCUUUCAUACCCUGCUUGAGUGGAAAGUAAUGCUGUGAACUACUCCAUGUAUGUGUGGUUAAUUUUUUUUUUUCCCUUAAAGAAAAGCCAAAAAUCUUGAUUUCUUCUUCUUUUCA